AAAAUUGGGACUGGUCAAUCAGUUGUAGUAACCUGCUACUGCCCUGCUGAAUACACUGGCUCACUGAUAAUGGCUGUCCUUGAUAAGAUAGAGAUACUGCAAAAGAGAGGAUUGAAGGAAUUCAUAUUAGGCAACUGUACCAUAUGGGACGUUACUCAGGUUAGCUAUAAACCUAAUCUUUAUUGUACACUAUACAGGUAAAGAAUCCAGAGGUGAAGGAUUUGCUACUACAGGUAAAUGAUUUGAAAGCUGCUUUAAGGGACAAAGAUCAAAGGAUAAUGGCUACUGAAACAGAGUUAGUAAAAUUGAAGGAGCCUUCAGAAAACAGAUUAAAAGAGAUAGAAGCAUUACAAAUAAAGCUUGAAGAGAGUCAAUGCAUUAUUGCUCAUAAUGAGGAACAGAUUAACAAGCUUAAAGAGGUUGUAUUAUCACUUGAGAAGAAAGUUUCAGGGUUAAAAAAGGAACUGGUAUUAAUAUUUGAUCAAAUUCUAAAAGAAGGAGAGACAUCUGGAAUUAUUUCAAUAUUUCCUGAUAAUGUGUAUCUCUUUAGUCCAUCGGCAAAUCACUGUAGGGCAGUGAUUGGUACACUGGAGGACUCACAUCAACUGGUUAACUUGAGCUAUUCAUCGUCUGAUAUUGUUCUGAUGCUAGUGCCAAAGCUGUUGAGUUUAAAAACAAUUGAAAUGCUUACCAUAGAAUAUACUGGUUUAACCCAUGAAUGCAUCCUUACCCUUGCAUCCCUCUUAGCAAGAAAUGAUUCGUUAAAAGCACUAUCUAUCAAUUAUGAUUCCAUUGGAGAUGAUGGUGUCAUAACACUAGCAGAAUCUUUGAGGAAUAAUGGGUCACUCCAAUGUCUAUAUCUUCAUGGGAAUGGUAACAUAACCUCAGCCAGUAUUGGCUCACUGGUUGAGCUUUUACAUUACAAUGAUUCACUUUCAGCACUCUCUGUAUUCCAAACUGGCAUUGGUACUGAUGGAGCAUUGGCCUUAGUUGAUUGUCUCACAACUAAUGGGAAGCUGAAGCUUGCACUGGAUGUACGGCAUAAACAUGCAUGCCACAGUUAUGAAAAUAUUAAAGAUAGAAUAUCUUUUCUAGAAAAUUUAGAAGCUGAUGAUAAAUUCUUUUGUUAACUUGUAUUUCAAAGCUAAUGAAGCUAGGAAACAUGACUUUGUCAACCAUGAUACAUGUUAACUUCACUAGCCAA